AUCCUGACGUAAAAUUCCCUGCAGAAUUAUUGGUUGAUGCGCUUUUAUUGCUUAGCAAUUCUUCUUCAUUUGAAUGCAGCAUAGGCAAUACUAUUCCACACUUAGAAUUACACCUGCGAACUUGGAUUACAGUUUUAGAAACAGUGUUCUAUUCUUCUAUUGUAUUAACUCGUGAAAUAAGAGAAAAACUUUAUAGUAAUUUAAAUAGUUUUGUCGACAUUCACCAUCAAAUAAGCAAAGUUUGUCACGAUAAUGAUCGUAGUUAUACGCCUAAGGGAAUUUACGACACUGAUGAUAAUUAUGAAAGUUUUCCAAAUUUUAAUAUUAAUUUUUUAUUACUCCAUUUGCGGGACACUUUACACAUUAUGCGUGAUGAUGAGACUUAUUAUGACGAAUUUUUAAGUUGUGUCAAGAAAGGCCUUUUAACAUUUGUUAGGGACAUUCCUAAAACAUCUAAUGGUUUCAGAGACAUUCCAACUACGUUUGGUAAAUUAUUUGUUAGUGGAACUAUACCGAGAUUUACCGAUGUUUUUAGGCUUAAAUAUCCUAUUAAUUACUGGUAUCAAACAUGGCGUGAACUCUUGUUUGUACAUUAUUCAUUAAAAAUUUUAGCUCAGGAAAGAGAUUAUAAUAUUUUACAAUUCUAUAACGAGGCUUAUAUUCUUGAAUCUCUUUGGCAUUAUGCUUUUAAUGAGGAUUACGAAAAGCCAACCUAUUCAGACGUUUUAACGAUCCUGAAUGAUCGGAAUGAAUUUUAUGAAUUUUCCAAUUUAUGGACCGGAGAAGAACCAAUUACCCUAUCAAACAUAUUAUGGUUUGGAAUAUUAGAUCUUGCCCAAGAUUUAAGCUAUAAAACAAUUCAACCCUCCAGUUUAGCUUUUUGUUAUUACUUGGGUUUAGAAUCAUUGCAAAAAUCUCAAGGUUGCUUCAUCCAAUUCAAAUCUUUAGAAUUACUCUUAUCGUUGUCUUAUCGAGAACCUGAUUGGUUUGAAGACAUGGUUCAAGUGGAAAUAGAAAAUUUUAUCGAAGCGUUACCAAUGGAUGCUCAGAAAAACUUUAUUAACUUAAUUCGUGAUGUAAAGAAAAAGCUUAAAUUAGAUAAUGAAUUUUUAAAUCAAUUCAUUACGGACAAUGGCAAAGGACAAUCAUCAACUAAGAUCAAUUCAUCAGAUAAAAAUUUAAAUUUUUUAUUAAAAAUAAUUGCGGAAAAUUUUACCUGCCCAAUUACUGGACAAAUAACUGGCGAUUUUCUUAUUUUAUCGUGUUGUGGUCUUUCUGUUAGCUAUUAUGCCAUUAAUGAGUGGAAAAAGAUGUCUAUACUUGAGGGUAAAUUAUUCGAAUGUCCAUUUUGUAGGACUGAAAUAGAUCAAAAUUCCCUCUAUAAUCUAAUACAAGAUGCGAUGAUAAAAGGUCUUCAUGAAAGGUUAAAACGGGCUGGAUAUCUAACUAAUUCAAUGAAAAACCGUAAAGUAUCUAGGAACAAAAAUUAUUUAACGGAUGAUGCCUUGUUUUUAAAAAUAGAAAACAUGCAUAUAUUUAGAGUUCAUUUAUCAUUAAAAUCUCCUGUUACAGUUUUGCGAAAAACUUGUCCAAAAAGUCUACAUCCUGCAUUUAAUAAAGCAGCUGAUGCAGAACAACAGAAAGAUUAUGCGACUGUUAUGAUGUGGUUAACUCAAGUUUUGCAAUUUUAUCCGAAAAAUUAUUCUAUUCAAUGCAGAAGAGCAUUUUCAUUUUGGAAACUUGGAUUAUAUCAGCACGCCUUAAAAGAUUUAGCAAUACUUAUUUAUAUAGAUCCGAUAUAUAUAAUGAAAUAG